ACAGGGAGCAGCGCUCUGUACCUUACUUCUCAGAUCCCCUUUGCCAACGGCAACACCCUCCGACAUGACCCAGAUGCUGUUGCUCAUCUUUAUCAUGGUCCAUUCAGGAUCCUGUGCUCUCUGGGUGUUCCAGCCCCCUGAGAUUCAUACCCAGGAGGGCACCGCUGCCUUCUUGCCCUGCUCCUUCAAUGCCAGCCGAGGGAAGUUGGCCAUUGGCUCUGUCAUGUGGUACCGGGACAAGGUGGCCCCAGGGAAGGAAGUGAGGAAUGGGACCCCGGAGUUUAGGGGCCGCCUGGCCCCUCUUCCCCCUUCCCGUUUCCUCUGUGACCAUCAGGCCGAACUGCACAUCUGGGACACCCAAGACUGUGACUCUGGAGUCUACGUGUGCAGGGUGGAGGUCCUGGGCCUAGGUGUUGGGACAGGGAAUGGGACUCUGCUGGUGGUAGAGAAAGGACGUCCUCGGCUAGGGGCCAGCACCGUCCUCCUCCUUCGGGCUGGAUUCUAUGCCUUCAGCUUUAUCUGUGUGGCCAUGGGCAGCACCAUCUAUUACCAAGGCAAAUGCCACUGUCACCUGAGAACACGCUGCCACUUCUUAGAUGCCUCUGAUGAGUGAUUCCAGAACCCAGGCAUCCAAUUCUCUUCAAGAGACCCCAAUAAAUUCUCAGCCCUGUCGCUAACACCU